AUGUGGGACACGGAGAGCUUCAAGCCAGACUUUUCCAUCAGCCCCACAAAGGGUUACAUCAGCCCAGGGAUGGAUGUGCCCUUGGUUGUGACCUUCCGCCCCUCGAAGCUGAGCCAGGCUGUCCAGUACAAGGGGCUGCGGUGCUUCAUCCAGGGCAGUGAGGCGCUGCAGCUUACACUGGCAGGAUCCUGCGUGGAGGCCCCUGGCCCCAAAGAGUGCAAUGUGCGUGAGAGGCAGAGCCAGACCAUCCUCCUGUCCAACCCGAGCAGCGAGGCCUGGACCCUGCAGCCCAUCAUUGAGGGGAAAUACUGGAAAGGGCCUGAAUUUAUCCACCUGGAGGCCAGGCAAAAAGAAAAGGUCUACCAGGUCACCUACAGACCCCUAACCAUGAGCUCUGAGAACAAGAAGCACCAGGGCUCCAUCUUCUUCCCCCUGCCGGACGGGACAGGCUUACGCUACCACCUGGAAGGAACUGCUGAAGCCCCCAGGUGUUCAGGGGCCAUUUCCCGGCAGGUUCCAUGCAGGAAGUGCCACACGGAGCUCAUCCCUGUGUCCAACUGGCUGCACAGAUCACAGAGGUUCCUGGUGGUUAUUGACAUGCUCAAACCAGAGAACCUGGAAAGCAGUUCUGUGCUGCAGGGUUGUUCCUACAUGGACGUGCCAAGCUCUGCGAAGAAGGACUACCAGCUGACCUUCCUCUCCUACAAAGAAGGAGUCUUCAGGGCAAAGGUGACCUUCCUCAAUGAGACAACCGGAGAGUACUUGUUCCACAUGGUGACUUUCAAGGUGGUGGCUUCAGGACCCAUGGGCACUGUUCAAAUGAGCACCGCUGUUCGGCAGAGAGUGUCCUCCAGCAUCAAGGUGGACAACCCUCUGCCUGUACCGGUGACGUUUGACAUCAACUGCAAAGUGCCCGACGUCAGCGUUCCCCAGCACUUUACUGUCCCUGCACAGUCGAAGGCGGAUCUUGUCUUGGAGUAUCAGCCCCUGCAAACGGGUGAGAGCAGCGGGCAGCUGGUGCUCCAGAGCAGCGACUUGGGCUCUCUGUUUUACACCCUGCAGCUGAAAGCCACCUGGAGCAGGCCAGAGAAGCCCGUGUAUUUCCGCACCAGGCUGGGCUCCCGUCAGACCAUCACCACCAAAAUACGGCAUUUUGCCCAGCAGAAGACCGAGUACCUCGUACAGACCGACUGUGCCGACUUCCAGACGGCAAAAUCCAUCAGUGCGGCACCCGCCAGUGCUGGGGGCUCGGACCUGAGCGUGGAAGUGACCUUUGAGCCCUGCCAGCUGGGCGAAGCCAAGGCCACGCUGCAGCUCAGCUCUGCAUUGGGCGGGCAGAACGUCUUCCGGAAGGCCACGGCGUUCCAAUACGCAGUGAAGCACCCGGGCUUCACCGUCAGGGCCCCCGAGGUGCUGCGCGCCAAGAGCAGCACCACCAUCACCGUCUCCUUCGCGGGCGGCCCGGCUCCUGUCACCAGCAGGCUGGUGGUCUCCUGCCCUGGGGGCUCCUGGAUCUACCACCUCCGGGGCCUGCCCUCCCCCCGCAAGUGA